AUGAAAGAGGCUACUAGUCGCUUUUGGUUGAAUUUGAGGAUCAAGGAGAACAUGCCCAUUCAAAAGUCUAGGUUGGUGUGGCUUAAUGACGGUGACACUAAUAGCGGGUUUUUUCAUAAGGAUUUCAUUCGCUUCUUUAACGACUUUCAUUCCAGUGGUGUUAUUUCUGAGACGGUGAUAGCUUCUUUUUUGAUUUUGAUCCCUAAAUCUCCUAAUGCGUUAGGCUUGAAAGAUUAUAGACCCAUUUGCUUAACUGGUUGCUUGUACAAAGCGAUUUCUAAACUAUUGGAGGGAAGGUUGAAGUGUGUUUUGGAUUCCAUUAUUUCUCCUAAUCAAAGUGAGUUCAUUUUGGGAAGAAAACUUCUUGAUGGAGUUAUGGUAGCAAACAAAGUGGUUGAUUUUGCUCAAAAGGAAGGGAGGAGUUGCUUUCUCUUCAAGGUUGAUUUUGAAAAGGCUUACCACAAGGUGAAUUGA